UAAAAAUGGGUCUACCAGGCUUGACAAGUUAUAUUCAAGAUCAUGCAGAAUAUUUUUUUAAAGAUUAUAAAUUAUGUGAUACGUUCUUGGUUAUCGAUGGCAAUAAUCUUGCGUAUCAAAUAUUUUGGCAUUAUACGAAAUCUAAUGAAGCAUUUGGAGGUGAUUAUAAUGAAUACGCUAAUUGUGUUAAAAAUUUCUUUGAAAACCUAAUGAAAUGCAAAGUAACACCAUUAGUUCUACUAGAUGGUAGUUUUGAAUCUAGAAAAACAAAGACUGUAAUGUCUCGUUUAUAUGAUAGAUAUAAAUCAGCACUUAUUCAUUUUCCUUGCUUUAUAUUUAAUAGUUCUAAUACACGUGCUUUCUAUCCUGCUUUAUUGUUUCACGUUUUUAAGGAAAUUCUGAAUGAAAUGGACAUAAGAUAUGUACAAUGUUUAUUUGAAGCUGACAAUGCCAUAGCUGGUGUUGCUAAACUUUUACAAUGCCCUGUACUUAGUCUUGAUUCUGAUUUUUUUAUUUAUGGAUCAAUGUAUAUACCGUUCAAUACAUUGAAACGGACACGAAAAAGUACAGAAUUGCCAAAAGUAUGUUCAAUUUAUAAAAUAGAGUUUUUAUUUAGUAUGUUUAAAGGAUUGGUUGAUUGGAAGUUACCCUUAGCUGCUAUGUUGAUUGGAAAUGAUUACAUAGAGCCACAGGAAUUCGAUGAUUUGUGCAAGGCUAUAGAAAAACAAGUAAUAAAGAAAAAAUUACGUUGUAAUAAUCAAAUGCAGUAUCGCAUACAGGCUAUAUUUCAAUGGUUGGCUCAACAAGAAAUAAACACUGUUAUAUCUAACAUAAUAGAUUAUGUACAUUUGGAUAGUAAAACACGAAUACUUAAAAUAAUGGAGAUGAUCAUAAAUGAAUAUAUCAAUAUACCAGAAGAUAUACUGUUUCAAUUGGGUUUUUCCAAAGAAACUAUUAAUAAUAUUACCACUGCAAGAACAGAAUUUGAUACGAUUCCUAGAGAUAAUAUAAUUAGUACGAUACAUCUCCUAUUAAAAAAAUACGAAAAUACGAAAGGUUUUUCGUUUAAAAUUGUACAGGAGGAUAUUAUUGAUCAGUUACCCCAUUGGUUUAUCGUUGAAUUUUCUAAAGGUUUUUUCCCAAAUUAUUUUAUAACUUUAUUAGCGCACAAAAAGUAUUUGUAUCCUGCACAAGCUGAAGAUUAUAAUCAACCAUCAAGUAUAUUUAUGAGCAAAAAGAUUAUUGAUGUUAUAUAUACAUUACUUAUAACAGGAUUUGAAAAAUCAAAGGAAAACUCACACAUUUUAACUAGAGGACCAGAUAAUAAGAUAAUUCAAUAUUCAUUACAAUACCUUGAUAAUAUUGGUAUUGAUAAAAUUCCAUCUCUUUUCGAUCUUAGAGAAGUCCCAUUAAAUAUAAGAAAAUACAUUUAUGAUAAUACUUUAAAUAUAAAACAAUACGAUCUUGUGAAUAAAUUUCCUCAAAAUUGGAGAUUGUAUAUUACUGCAAUAAAAUAUUGGAUAGAUAACUUAUCAUUAUCAUCUAAUAUUCAUAUAUAUGCGUUACUCUUUGCAAUGUUACAACAUAUUAUUCAUUUAAAAAUUGGUUUUUAUAAAUCAAUUACAUCAUUUAGAUCAAAAUUCAGUAAUAAGUUGAAAGUAUUAGAAAGAAAUACUCAAUCAAAAUCACAAACAUUUAAUUCUUUUUCAAUACUAGAUGAAGAAAUGAAAGUUACAGACUUAAUAAAUCAAAUUGGAGAAAUAGAUCUUUCUCCGCAGUUACUUGAAGAAAAGAGUAUUACAGAAUUAAUAAAUGAAAUUACGGAAACUGAUUGUUUAAUGUUAGCGCCAUUCUUUAUAUCUUAUAACGACAUCGACCCGAAAAUUCAACAAAAUAAAAAACUAUAUAAACCAAAGAUUGUUCAUAUAUUCACACAAUUUCAAAAUUGUUUGAAACAUAGUUUUGAUUUGAAUGCGCUAUUGGGUCAUCCAUAUGAAACUCCAAAACUAUAUUACAUGUUUAAUGGUACUUUAAUAUAUAAUCUAUAUGUUAGUUUUAAUAAACGUAAAAACGUUGAAGAUUAUAUUAAACUAAAACUUCAGAAUUCUCCAAAUUUUGCUCGUCUAUUUAAUGCAAUUUUAACUCAAGCUAAGUUACUUUUUAAUUUUCACACAAAUGUUCCUACAGGACAAAAUAAUGAUAAUUGUUAAUUAUAUUAUGAUUAUAUUUUUAAAUAUACGAAUAUACGAGAGACAGAAGAAGAAACAAAGAAAUAAGAAAAGAAUGUAAGACCCAAGACGUGAUAAGGUAGAUAAAAAGGAGGAGAAGAGAGUGACGAGACUAUGUAAAUAGGAUUGACGACAGGAUGGACGACAGUAGACUGUCGAAAGUGGCAAAAAUAGGAAAAAUAAGAACAACGAGACCAUCGGGAAGACCUCCAAAACGGUGGCAUGAAAGUUGAACAUCAGAGUCGUAAGAGCAAUAAACGCCCUGAAGAGAACUAUAUAGCUAAAAUAUAACAGGACGAAGUCCUAACAAAAAGAAGAAGGAUAUACGAAUGACUUUAUAUAUACAGAGUAUAUCAGUUAUAUAAAGUACAAUUGAUGGGUACGAGCGAGCAAGAGUGAUUCUAUAUAAAAAAUUAAUUGUAAGUCGAAAAUGUAGAAUACAAUUUUAUUCAUAGGAAAAAUAAAUUUGAAAAUUUAU